UCCAGUUCCAACUCCAACUCCGGCGAUAAACACCACGAGCAUGUCCGAACUCGCGAUAUCGAAAAGGGCUGCUACGGAGGUGGGAGACGGGACGGCCGAGACAGCGACGGGGGUAUCGACGAUGAUGACGACGACGACGACGACAAAGAUGGCUCGUCGUCGCAGCAUCGCAACGACCUCGUCCCCGCCGCGACGGUGGGCGAACCCUCCGGCGAGGGCCUGUACGCAUGCGAGGCCGACUGCCCCCCCUGCCGGACCAGAUCGCGAGCCGCUUCGUCCACGCGGUCGAGAACCGUCGUCGUCGUGCCCAGGUCCAAGAGGAGGGGACUCCUGGGACGGUUCAGCGUCAUCCCCGAGGUCGAGAGGCCGUACGACUACCGCAACUCGACCAAGUGGGCUAUAACAGCUGCCCUGGGUCGGCGGACAAUCUACCUGACGUCCUUCUCCCUCUUCUUCGUCUUCUCGGUGCUGUGCGCCGUGAGCACCAACAUGACCAUGCUCAUCGUGUUCCGGACCUGCAGCGGCGCCACGUCGGCCAGCGUCCAGGCCGUCGGGGCCGGGACCAUCGCCGACAUCUGGGAGUCGUACGAGCGCGGCCGCGCCAUGAGCUUCUUCUACCUCGGACCGCUGCUGGGACCGCUCAUCGCCCCCAUCAUCGGCGGCGUCCUGUCCGAGGAGCUGGGCUGGCAGGCGACCAUGUGGUUCCUGGCCAUCUACGGCUUCUGCUGCAUCAUCGUCCUGACCUGCUUCCUCCCCGAGACCGUCUCCGCCCCCAACGGUCACGGCAAAUCGUCAUCUACGCAGCCGCAGGGGCAGAGGGGGCAGCAGCCGGGGCAGCAGCAGGUUGGAGAACCCGUGGCCGACAGCAGCCUGUCGAGGACGGUGACGGCGGGAUCUGCCAGGGAAAAGACCAGGAGGCUCGCCUCCGUGGCCAAGAACUUCCUCGUCGACCCCCUCAGCGUCCUCCUGUUCCUCAGGUUCCCGCCCGUCGCCCUGACCGUCAUCAUCGGAGCCAUCGCCUUCGGAUCCCUCUACGUCUCCAACAUCACCCUCCAGCACACCUACGACCUGCCCCCCUACAGCUUCAACCAGAUCAUCGUCGGCCUCCUCUACGCCCCUCCCGGCCUAGGCUACAUCACCGCCUCCCUCUUCGGCGGCAGGUGGAUCGACAAAAUCAUGGCCAGGGAGGCUAGGAAGGCAAACCGCUACGACGUCAACGGGAAGCUCAUCCUCCUCCCCGAGGACCGCAUGAGGGAGAACCUCUGGAUCGCAAACAUCGUCUACCCGGCCGCCCUCAUCGUCUUCGGCUGGACCCUGCACUACGGCGUCCACUGGAUCGUACCUUCCAUCGCCCUCUACUUUUUCGGGGUUGCCUCCAUGUUGGUCUUUUCCUCCGUCACAACAAUGCUCACCGAGUUCGUACGAAAGAAAAGCUCCGCCGGUGUCGCCGUCAAUAACUUUGUCCGGAACAUCCUCAGCGCCAUCGCUGUCGUCGUCACCAGUGAGUGGAUUGACGCCGUCGGCACCGGAUGGGUCCUCACCACUGUGGGACUCGCCUGCAUCGUCGUUGGCUUCUCCGGCAUCCUUGCUCUUAGGAAGAAUGCUACGAGGUGGAGGAUCGAUAUGGACAAGAUAUUGCAGGAUCAGGGGCAACAGAGUUAA